UGUUGUUACUACAGAUACUGGCAAAUAUUGACACAUACAAACAUACGUCACACUCAUACACCCCCAGCGAGUGACUAGUCAUUUAUUAAGUAGGCGUGUGCGGCUGCUCUAGGAAUUAUGGGUAUAUCUGGCAGUUACAGAUCGCUGCGGCUCUCAGGAAUAGUUUGUGUGACAACAGGGUACUUUACAGCAGCUGAGCCUGAGUGUGUGUUUGUGUAUGAUGCAUGUGAGUCUUGAUGUGAAAACAUCAUCUGCAGCUGGGAUGGACUUUGGGUACUGAGCACCCAUGCAGAAUGUCAAACAUUAACCACGUGUGUUUGAAUGAGGAGCACAGGGCAAAGGUGUGAACUUUGACCCUCUCCCUUGUUCCUGACCCUGACCUUGUGACCCCAGGCUGCCAGGACAUCGUGAUUGAGGAGGCCACCAUGAGUCAGGAGGGGCAGCAUGACCCCCUCCGCACAGACAGCCCACCUCCAGAUACCCCCCCAGCACCUGAAGGAGAAGAAGAUGCUGACGGCUCUAAGGCUAAAGAUCUGGAGCCCUGUAAUGGAACAAAGACAGAGGAGGAGCAUCAAGGUGAAGCAGAAGACAAAGAAACAGAGAAUAACCGAAACACACAGUCCAGGGAAAAGGAGGAUGAGACGGUGACAUUAGAAGAGGAAGGUAGAAACGGUGGGAUUGAGGGCAGCUGCGUGGAUCCUGUAACAGAAAACGGGAACGGGGACACCCGUGAAGGUGAAGACACACAGUCUCUGCCGCCUCAGAGCCCAGAAAAGGACUCAGCCAAGCCCCUGUGCUGUCUGAGGUUUGAGAACGGGACCGAAGAUGACAGCGAAGGGCAGGAGGACGAGGAGGGGAUCCCGGAAGACUCUUUAGCGCAGGGGAACCUAGAUGCCUUCAGCUCCACAUUUGAGCUCUCCGUAGAGGAAGCGGAUGCUGAGGUAGAGGACGAAGAAGACAAGGAGGAAAGGGAGACUGGAAAUCAGGACAGUUUCAGCUCUACGUUUGAGAGCAUCGUCGAGCGGGUCGCCAAGGCCACGGCUGUGGAGGAGGAAGAGGACGACGGAGAGGAAGAGUACGACAGGACGAAAGAGAGCCAGGACGGUUUCAGCUCCACGUUCGAGCGCAUCGUCGAGUCUGAGCUUCUGAGAGGCGGGACCUGCUACAGCAGUUUGGAUUCUCUGGACGUGCUGUCGCUCACAGACGAGACGGACAGCUGCGUCAGCUUCGAGGCGCCGCUCACCCCUCUCAUCCAGCAGAGGGCCCUCAUGGGUCCCGAAACUCCAGAACUGGAGCUGGAGACCGUGCAGGAAGGGGCUGAGGGCGAGGCAGAUCUGGGGACAGAGACGGCAAGGGAUGAAGCCAGCUCUGCGAGUCCACUACGGACCACUAUACCAGGAAGCAGGUCGGAAAAUGUCUUGAGCCAGCCGGCACAAUGGAGCAUCCCUAAUGGGUUCCACAUUGAGCUGUCUGGGAACGGAGAGAGUGGAGGAACGAUGCCAAACUCUAUCAGUGAUGCCAACCUCACAGAUGUGCUGUGCGACUCAGACUCGGAGUUGGGCAGCGUGGACACACUGGAGAGGGGCAGCACAGAUACUCUCGCUAAUGGCUGCCGCGUCGACACAGAUGCUGCCAAACGGCUGGCCAAGCGACUGUUCUAUCUGGAGGGCUUCAAGCGCUGUGACGUUGCACGACACCUGGGCAAGAAUAAUGAAUUCAGCCAGUUGGUGGCAUCAGAGUACUUGAGCUUCUUUGACUUCACUGGGUUGUCAUUAGACAGAGCGCUGAGGAACUUCUUGAAGGCGUUUCCUCUGAUGGGAGAGACGCAGGAGAGAGAACGUGUGCUGGUGCACUUCUCCAAACGCUUUUGCCACUGUAAUCCAGAAACUCUCACCUCAGAAGAUGGUGCUCACACACUGACCUGUGCACUUAUGCUUCUUAACACAGACCUGCAUGGACACGUGAAUAUUGGGAAGAAGAUGUCCUACCAGCAGUUCAUUAGCAAUCUGGACGGCCUAGACGACGGCAAAGAUUUUCCCAAAGAAUUGCUCAAGGUGCUCUAUAACUCAAUAAAGAACGAGAAGCUGGAGUGGGCGAUCGAGGAAGAGGAGUUGAGGAAGAGUCUAUCGGAGCUGGUGGAGGAGCAGUGCGAGACGGGAGGGAAGCGGGUUGUCAGGGUAACGGACGGCAUUAACCCUUUCAUCGCCAUUCCACUUUUACUCAAUGCUGCAACGUACAAACACGGGGUUCUGACACGCAAAAGCCAUGCAGACAUGGACGGCAAACGCACCCCGAGAGGACGCCGAGGCUGGAAGAAGUUUUAUGCCGUGCUGAAGGGGAUGAUUCUCUACCUGCAGAAAGAUGAGUAUAAGCCUGAUAAAGACCUGUCGGAGGUGGACUUGAAGAACGCAGUACGGAUUCACCACGCUCUUGCUACUAGGGCAUGUGACUACAGCAAGAAACAGAACGUCCUCAAGCUCAAGACCUCUGACUGGAGGGUCUUCCUCCUGCAGGCCCCGAGUGAAGAGGAGAUGAUGUCAUGGAUCUUCAGGAUUAAUCUGGUGGCGGCUCUUUUCUCGGCUCCUGCUUUUCCCGCCGCCAUCGGCUCUAUGAAGAAAUUCUGCAGACCACUGCUGCCUUCAUCCACCACUAGACUCAACCAGGAGGAGCAACUGAAGUCACAUGAGAACAAACUGAAGCAGAUCUCUCUGGAGUUGGAGGAACACAAGAGAAGCCCGCCAGAUCUGACGCCCAAGAGCAAAGAAUCAGAAGAGUAUCGAAUCAAAGAGCACUAUUUAACCUAUGAGAAAUGUCGCUAUGAGACGUACGUCAGCCUCCUGCAGGCCAAGUUCCGCGUGGGAAGUGACGACUUGGAUAAGAUUGAAGCCAGUCUGUUCAGCGGGGAGGGGAAAGAAGGUUACCUGCGCAAAACUCAGUCCAGCCCGUCAAUCAGCCAAGGUCAGGGGGUCAACGGACGGGCCGCUCAUAAACACGCCCCCGAGCUUAAUAGCUGAAGAGCCUUUUCUGACCCCUGAACUCAUGCGACAGACUCACGUCUGACCCCGACUGCGGUGGGUUCAGAAACCCGAGACGGACUCGUUUCGUGAACGGAGAGAAAUACAAACGUAGCAUUAUAAUAUCCUUAUUAUUUCAAUGUACAGUAAAUUUAUUAUGUAUUAUUAGUAUUAUUAAUACAAUAAACAUAGUUAAUAAUGCUAUGAACAUUAUUAUUUGCCAAAUACAAAAAAUGAGGAGACCAAGACUGUAUAAGUGAGAAGAAAUGACAACACUGCAUAUAAUGUCAAGAGAAAGUGAACUACGGCAUCACAAACGCGCUUUGGGAGAUGCAGCCAUGUUGUGAUGUCAUUUAGAACUUUAUAGAGUGCCGAAGUGAUGACGUCACUUUGUAGGACAACUCGGAAGCUAGCGGCGCAUGGGUUCCCUCGGCUCGA